AGGUCGUAGCCAAAGUCUUCACGCUGGAAAGAGCUAUGGCGAAAAUCUUCCGACCGUCCUCCGGCCCAAAGCUGAAGUUCGGUCGGCAACUGUACAACUCCGUCGUGCGGGCCACUAUGGCUUACAGAUGCUCCAUUUGGUAUCGAACGACUGGGCGGACGGCGUUGCAGGGGUCGCUCAGAAACAAGCUCACGAAGGCCCAAAACCGGUGUCUCCGUGUGCUCGCCGGCGCAUAUCGGCCAACCUCAAUUGAAGAACUACAGAAAGAAGUUGUCACGGAGAGCGCCCUCCUCUACCUGGAAAGAAGGGCCACUGCUACUAAGGCCAAGUUUGUCGAUACCCCGAACUAUCACGGACUCUGCCGCAUUCUGAACGACAUCUGCGACCGCGCCCGUGUGGUGUGCACAGUCCGCAUCCACUCGAGCGAGCGGCAGCGCCUCCAGCGGGUUGUAGACCCGUCGGAGCUAUUGCGCGAAGACUGGGGGUUGAUCAAGGCGGCCUGCGAUUGGUGGGGGCUUGGCGAGGACCGCCACGACUUUCGCAAGCGCAACGUCGCCAUUCGCGAGUAUACAAGAGCUCUGGCGACUGAAGCAAGCGAGGACGGGUGGCGCGCAUACGCUGCGGAGAAGUUGCAGCAAGGCAAAAGCCGCACGUCUCUGUACGGAGACUGGGGCAUGCACAAUCUGCGCACCCACGAUCAGCUGAGUCGGCCCCAGAGCAUCAUACUCAUCCAGAUGAAGACGGAGCAGAUCGCCCUCAAGGAUUUCAUGCAUAGGUGCAAGGUAAGCUUCACGCCGAGACGAGCUGGGCUGCGGCUAAUAGACGGACAGCUGGCCGAGACACCCCAUUGCGAAUGUGGCGCGCCCCAACAAACUGUGCGGCACUGCCUCCUUGAAUGUCCUCGCUUAGAACUCCCUCGCCGUGAUCUCCUAGCCAAGACUGGCCAUUCCGACAUGCGCUUGUGGCUUACUCGCGAUGGUUCGUCUACCCAACCCUUAUCGGAGCCCCACGUUCCUCCCUGCUAACAUGACGGUAGUCCGCAUUACGACAACGUGGGCGCUUCGCAACCUUCCUCUUCGCCGAUUCGACUGGAUCAGGGAGUACCUCGCUCGGAUCUUCGACGCAGAUCCGUAGUGUCUUACAUAUAGAGUCUUUGCACAUGAUGUAUAGGCA